GUCCACUGAGAUAACUUUCCGCACUGGGACCAUUGUGCGCCACUUCUGAUGUUCCUGUACAACAUCACAUUACAACGCGCUUCGGGGAUUACCCAUGCGGUUCACGGCAAUUUCUCGGGUACGAAGCAACAGGAAAUCGCGGUCUCAAGAGGGAAGAUUAUCGAGCUUCUUCGCCCCGAUCCCAACUCAGGAAAGGUAUACACUCUGCUUACAUGCGAAGCGUUUGGUAUAGUUCGGUCUUUUAUGCCAUUUCGUUUGACCGGUAGCAGCAAAGACUACCUUAUAGUAGGCUCCGAUUCUGGUCGCGUCGUGAUUUUGGAGUACAUUCCCUCGAAAAAUAUUUUUGAAAAAGUGCAACAAGAAACUUUCGGAAAAAGCGGUUGCCGUCGUAUUGUGCCCGGUCAAUAUCUUGCCGUUAAUCCGAAAGGACGGGCAUUUAUGAUUGGUGCAGUGGAGAAACAGAAACUAGUGUACAUCAUGAAUCGGGACUCACAAGCGAGACUGACUAUUUCCUCCCCACUUGAAGCUCAUAAAUCUAACACUCUCGUCUACCACAUGGUAGGCGUUGAUGUUGGUUUCGAUAACCCACUGUUUGCUUGCAUUGAAAUGGAUUACGAGGAUGCCGAUCAAGAUCCAACUGGAGAGGCUGCACGAUCGGCAAAUCAACUCCUUACCUAUUACGAACUGGAUUUGGGGCUCAAUCACGUUGUUCGCAAGUACUCUGAACCCCUGGAAGAGCAUGCUAACUUCCUAAUCGCUGUUCCUGGUGGUAAUGAAGGCCCAUCUGGUAUCCUUAUAUGUUCCGAAAAUUACAUCACUUAUAAGAAUUUUGGUGACCAACCCGAUAUACGCUGCCCUAUCCCGCAGCGUCGCAAUGACCUCGAUGAUCCGGACAGAGGAAUUCUAUUUGUAUGCAGCGCUUCACACAAAACGAAGAACUUGUUCUUUUUUCUUGCCCAAACCGAGCAGGGUGAUAUCUUCAAAAUAAACCUGGAGGUUGAUGAUGACAUGGUCACCGAAAUCAAGUUGAAAUACUUUGACACCGUUCCUGUCGCAUCUGCCAUGUGUGUCCUUAAAACGGGUUUCUUGUUUGUUGCCUCAGAAUUCGGAAAUCAUUCUUUGUACCAGAUCGCGCACCUUGGUGAUGAUGAUGAUGAACCCGAAUUUUCAUCUGCCAUGCCUCUAGAAGAGGGAGAUACCUUCUAUUUUGCUCCAAGGCCCUUGAAGAAUCUUAUAGAGGUUGAUGUGCUGGACAACCUGUCUCCUAUCAUGAACUUUCAUAUAGCUGAUUUCGCCAACGAGGAUACACCUCAGCUUGCAGUUCUCUGUGGCCGUGGUCCUGGCUCCACCUUUCGCUUGCUACGACAUGGUCUAGAAGUAUCUGAAAUGGCCAAAUCCGAUCUUCCGGGAAAUCCUAACGCUGUUUGGACUGUAAAGCGCAAUUCAGAAGAGGAGUAUGAUGCAUAUAUUAUCGUGUCCUUUGUGAACGCGACUUUGGUUCUUUCCAUCGGAGAAACUGUGGAGGAGGUCACUGAUUCCGGUUUUUUGGGCACCACUCCCACUCUUACGUGUUCACAGUUGGGCGAUGAUGCUCUUGUGCAGGUCUAUCCUGACGGAAUCCGUCACAUUCGAGCGGACAAACGCGUAAAUGUCUGGCGUGCCCCUGGGAAAAAAACAAUCGUCAAAUGUGCCGUGAACCGACGACAAGUUGUGAUAGCGCUCACCGGAGGUGAAUUGGUUUAUUUCGAAAUGGAUAUGACGGGACAGCUGAAUGAGUACACCGAGCGCAAGGAAAUGCCAACUGAUGUCAUCUGCAUGGCUCUGGGUCGUAUUCCAGCCAGCGAACAGCGAUCACGUUUUUUGGCUGUCGGACUUGCUGACAACACUGUGCGCAUUCUCUCUUUGGAUCCCUCGGACUGUCUCGCUCCACUUACAAUGCAAGGUCUACCGUCGACUCCAGAGUCCCUUUGCAUCGUGGAGAUGGGAGUAGGUGAACCAAUGGGGUCUUCAGAGGGAGAGCCGGAGAAAAUGGCUACCGGAAUCUUGUAUCUAAACAUUGGCCUCAUCAAUGGUGUCCUGCUACGGGUGAUCUUGGAUCCAGUUACUGGCGAGUUAUCCGAUACUCGUACGCGAUACCUUGGCACUCGUCCUGUUAAAUUGUUUCGCAUUAUGAUGCAAGGUGGAGAAGCAGUGCUCUCAGUCUCCAGCCGGUCAUGGUUGAGCUACGCCUACCAGAAUCGAUUCCACCUCAUUCCACUAUCGUAUGAAGCUUUAGAGUACGCUUCUGGUUUUUCAUCUGAACAGUGCCCUGAAGGUAUUGUUGCGAUCUGCGAUAAUUCACUACGUAUCAUGGCUUUAGAGAAGCUGGGUGCGGUCUUCAAUCAGACAAGCUAUCCUCUACAGUAUACACCCAGGAAGAUGAUUUUGCAUCCGGAGUCAGGAAUGGCUUACAUCAUUGAAACUGAUCACAAUUCCUACACAGAUGAGGUCAAGGAGCUUCGUAAGCGUCAAAUGAGCGAAAGAAUGGUCGCUUCUGCAAAUGCAGGUUCUACUGACGAACAGCAGUUUGUCAAGGAAUCAGCGGCUGCCUUUCUUGCUGAAAACCUGCCGGAGCACAUUUUCGGUGCCCCAAAGGCUGGCCCUGGAAUGUGGGCUAGUCUGUUGCGCUGUCUCAAUCCACUGAAUGGCAAUACUCUUCAUCUCAUUCGUUUUCCUCAAAAUGAAGCGGCCCAUGCUCUAACUUUUGUCCGAUUUGCCAACAGACCUGGCGAACAGUUUCUGAUUGUUGCUCUAGUCAAGAGUCUCAUUCUAAACCCACGCUCUUGUUCCGGUGGCUGUCUUCGUACCUACCGUAUCUGGAACAAUGGGGAACACAUUGAGUUUAUUCAUGAAACUCCAGUGGACGACUUUCCUGCUGCUGUCUGCGCAUUUCAAGGUCGGUUACUAGUUGGUGUUGGGAGCAGACUCCGAAUGUAUGACAUGGGCAGAAAGAAACUUCUGAAAAAAUGCGAAAACAAGCAUAUUCCCAACCUUGUUACUGGCAUCUACACGGUUGGCAGCCGCAUCAUAGUCACUGACGUUCAAGAGAGUGUUCAUUGGGUUCGUUACAGGCCUAGAUCUGAAAACCAGCUGGUCAUUUUUGCCGACGACACUAAUCCUCGAUGGAUCACCCAUUUAACUGUACUGGAUCCAUCCACAGUGGCCGUCUCGGAUAAGUUCGGUAACGUGAGUGUGUUACGCCUGCCGAGUGGUGUCAUUGAUGACAUUGAGGAUGAUCCAAGUGGAAACCGUGCUCUCUGGGACCGUGGCUUCCUCAGUGGAGCUAGCCAAAAAAUCGAUGUGUUGUGCCACUUUUAUGUUGGGGAGGUUGUUACAACUCUUCAGAAAGCCACACUUAUUCCCGGUGGCUCGGAAGGUAUUGUGUACUCCACGCUAUCUGGUGGAUUGGGGAUGCUUGUACCAUUCUCUUCUCGGGAUGCAUAUGAUUUCUUUCAACAUCUGGAGUUGCACAUGCGAUCCGAAGGACUCUCCCUCGUUGGACGUGAACACGUCCAUUAUCGGUCGCAACAUUACCCAUGCAGAAAUGUUAUCGAUGGAGACGCAUGUGAAAUAUUCAAUUCUUUGGAACCCUCAAAACAACGUUCCAUCGCUGAAGAAAUGGACAAGACACCCAGCGAAAUUGCGAAGCGUCUCGAAGACAUCCGCACAAGAUUCGCUUUCUAAUCCUCCGUAAAACAUUUGUACAGUUUCACCAACUUUGGGUAUUUGUUUCUUGCAUUCUUUGCAUCCAUACUAUACAGUACCAUAUUGUCAUUG